CUGAUGAUCAGUGUGCCCUGAUGAUCAGUGUAGCCCUAGCAGUGCUACCUGUCAGUGCCCAUCAAUGCCACCUGUCAGUGCCCAUCAGUGCCACAUCAAUGCCACACAUCAGUGCCUACCAGUGCACAUCAAUGCCACAUAUCGGUGCCCAUCUGAGCUGCCUUUCAGUGCCACCUUAUCAGUGCCAGACAGUGCCACCUAUCAGUGCUGACAAUCAGUUGCCACCUAUCAGUGCCAGUCAGUGCUGCCUAUCAGUGCCAGUCAGUGAUGCCUAUCAGUGCCACCUA